AUGUCUCCUAACAGCGACAAUGCCAUGGCUCGCUUUUUGUUCGCCAUACUGAAGCAGAAGAACCUGAAGGAUAUUGACUGGAACCAAGUUGCAGAGGAUCCCGUGCUCUUGCAGCCCAUCUCGAAUGGCCACGCUGCGAGGAUGCGCUACUCCCGCUUCAGAGCAACGGUAUCCAAUGCUGAUAGACGUUCACCCUCCUCGUCGACGGGCGCGAAAAGCAAGAGCAUGGACAAGAACCGAGUGUCAAAGGCGAAGUCGAAGAAGGACGGUCCAAUCAAGGUGGAACAGGGGCGCGCUGUCAAGCAAGAAUUCACACAGCUCUCACUGUCAAACUACUCGCCCGCAUCAGGAUCAGCACCCUCGCCAUACUUAUCCGACCACUACGACGACUUCACUACUCGGUUUCUGACACCAUGCAGCGAUGACAUGGGAAACCCAAACCUCGCCAUCAAUCCCUCUGCGAUCGAGCGUCCCCCCGGUCCCCAGACUUUCUCCCCAGCGCUUGACUUCAUGCAAGCUGCUGCCGUUCACAAUCUCCAAUCACCAACAUUUUCCGCAUUUGACGAGGCUGCCUUUGACAUGAAUACAUUCAUGACUUCCGACAGCCAGUCUGCUGGUCCCAACCCCUCGGACGAGUGGCACGACCGCAUCCACCACCAAUUCUGA